AUGCAGUCUAGUGGUCCGGACUAUGAUCUACCAUUAGGUAGAAGGGAUGGACUCUACUUUGCAACAAGAAAUGAAACCCUAGCCAAUCUUCCACCACCUUCAUUCAACAGAAGCGGAAUUCUAACUUCACUUGCCACAAAAAACUUCACCCCCACAGAUGUUGUUGUACUUUCUGGUGGCCACACUAUUGGUAUUGUUCAUUGCACUUCUUUCACUGACAGACUUUACCCUAAUCAAGAUUCAUCCAUGGAUAAAACCUUUGCCAACAACCUUAAAACAACUUGUCCCACCUCAAACUCCACGAACACGAAUGUCCUAGACAUCCGAUUACCUAACAAGUUCGAUAACAAGUACUACAUUGAUCCCAUGAAUCGACAAGAGCUUUUCACAUUGGAUCAAGAUUCGUACACGGAUCAAAUUCAAGAUUAG